CUGCUAGAAGCAACUUGGGCACGAACUAACUUAGGGUAUAUCACUCCUAGCUAUGCCCUAUCUAACCAUCAUAUCCCCGACUGAAAAGCUUUUUGACACCUCGGGUGGUUCCCUCGUGAGUGAGAAUGCUUAACUUUUUGCUUUUUUGUAAAGUAUUCGAAUAUAGGUCCAACGAAUUGUCUUGAUGUAAUUAUUCUUAGAUCAAAAGAAGAUUACCAUGAAGAAUAUUAUCAUAAUCUUCUACCAUCUCCGUCUCAUGGAUGCAUAAAAUACGAGAGCUAUAAAUUCAAAUAAACAUAUAAAUGAACUUCUUUCAGAUUAUAUUUAGUUAUUAUUUUUCCUUACGUCUGGAUUAUUCGAACUAUGUUUUCAUUCAAUAAAAUGAAAUAAGUGAUAAUAUUACGAAAGAGAAGACAGUUACUUGAAUGUAGAUAGUUUCACUUUUUGAGCACAUAAUUCUACGAUUGAUCUAUUUCACAUACUUUUCUUUGCGAAUAAAAUAAAAGAUGCCACAAAGAAUCAUAAAAACUUUACUGUCAUCUCAAUUUUUAGAGUUUUCUUCGUCACAAUGUUUAGAUAUACAUGUAAAGACUUCCCAAUCUUUGUAUUAAAAUAAAGUUCGUCUAGCCAAAUGACGUUUUUCUGUUGUUCCCGAGUAGGAUCAUGACAUUCCUUUAGAAACACGUGGUGAAUAGUGCAGUAUCUUCGCAACAAUAAGCUAAGGAUCUGAACUUUUUUCAGAGUAUUCAUAGUUCAUUUGGUUCUACAUAAUGGAUAUAGUCUUGAUUCAAAAGCGAUUUAUCAGUCAGAGUUUCGUGAGUAGAUUUCGUCGAGCCCAGAAUUUUCUAAGUGGAAUUGAAUCGUCCUUCUGAAGAUACUUUUUUUUUCGGUUAUCAGCGUACUCUACACAUUUCUCAGAUGACCAAAGGUAAAUCAAGUCGAAGAUUUUUGAACUCGAACCACUCGGGUCCAAUACUAAUCCGACAGGCUCUACUCGUGUAGAUAAAUUCGGAUGAUUUCCACUUUACGGUGUUAAUUACUAGACUUCUUUUUUAAUUUUAGAAUGUAUUUGAAUGUAUUAUUCAUCAAGAAGGUAUAUUAAGUUUUUUGAAAAUGUUUUACUUGAUACUUUUCUCAUCUUUAUUAUUCUAACGAUUCUUACAUUUAUAAUUUUGAUUUUGAAUACUUUAAUAUUCAAUAUCGAUGAAAUAUGCUUAAAUAUAAAUUAAAUUCUUUACAAUUGACUAAUAUUGUAGACAUCGUUCAUGUAAUGAUUCUUUUCCUUUUCAUCUUUAUUGAAAAAUAUUUUUUAUUUCUAUGAAUGUUUCAAUCAAUGAAAAUGAUUUUCUUGAGAAAUUUUAACAAUUCAGAUAAAUCUAUAAUUUCUUUUUUUUUUAUUGAAUUCUUGUAUAAAUUAAAUGAUAAAAACUGAAAUAUUUUCUCUUUUUUUUCUUCUACUUUAUUUGUAUAAGUUUUAAAAUAAAAAGACAAGAAAAAAUAGUAGAUUUAUUUUGAAUGUUCAAAUUUCAAAAGAAAAUUACAUUGAUUGAUCAAAUAUGUCAAUUGACAUCGAUAAUGUUUUCAAAUAAAAGCAAAACGAAGGAAAGCCUAUACAUGAACGAUGAAUUAUAUUUAUUAAUCUUUUUUAAAUAAUAAUCUAAUGAAGUUUUUCAAUAAGAAUAUUUUCUUAUGAAAUAAUUUUGUUUUAGAUAUGUCAUUUGAAGAUUUUGCUUCAACAUGUACACGUACAUUUGGUCAAACACCAAUACGUAUUAUUCGUAUGUCAUCACCAUUAACAGCUUAUGUUGGUUCAAUUGAUCAACCAUAUCGUCAUCUUGUAAUUUUAUGUCAACCACAUUUUACAUCAAAAUCAAUAUCAAUUGCAUUUUAUUUAAAUGGUACAGCUUAUUUUGAAUAUUUAACAGAAGAUAAAAUUCGACAACGUUUACAAUUAUUAAAUAAUACACGUAAAACAUCAUUUCAUUAUGAUGAUUUAGAACGUGUUUUAAUACGAUUAAAAAUCAUAUUAUCAACUGAUGGAAUAAAACAAGAUAAUAAUGAAUUACAUGCAAAACUUUUAUCAUCAAGAUUAUUAUCUAUUGAAAUAUAUCAAGAUGAUUUAAAAUUUAAAUUUCGUUGUGAUGAACGUCCAGAAUUAUUUGAACAACAUUAUGUUAGACAAUUAUUAAUACAAGUUAAAGAAUUAUCACAAAGACAAGCAUAUUUAUGUGAAUUAUUAGAACAUAAAGAUCAAUUACCACAAUUUGAUGCAAAUCUUUUUCUUAGUACACCAAUGACACUUAUUGAUGAUGAAGAAGACUCAGAUGAAAAUGAUGAAAUUUUAUCUUCAUCAACAACUGGUCAUUUAUGGAAAACAGCUUUUGGUCGUCGUGGUGCUGCACAAUUUCUUGACGUGUGUCUACUUAAAAAAGCUUAUAUGAAAGCAUUAGAAGAUAUGAGUGACGAUGAACAAGAUCUAGACGCAGUUUCAUCUAUUGUAAAUACACUUGUUGAUAAAAUUGUUGUUCAAAUUAAUCAACAAAAUGAUGAUGAUGAUGAUGAUGAUGAAGUUGAUUUAGCAGAACGAAUUGGGAAACGUUCGUUGACAAGAUCAACAAUGAAUUUAGGUGGUGAUGCACAACCAAUAAAACGAUUACGAAGCAAUAUAGCUAAUGCAAAUGUUUCUGUUUAA